AUGGCUUGGAAUUUCCAACCAACGAAAUUUCGUAACACAACCCCCAAGCUGCCGAAGAAAGAGAACACUAUCCACACACAAAUCGGCGGCCUUUCCCUGACGAAUAAUGGAAUCCAGGCCUCGUCUUCACAUUUGGCCUUUGCUUUUGAGGGCGAAGGUGGCAAGCUCGGGAUUUUGCCAGUAGAUGCAAAGGGCCGAUUUGGCCGUAACGAAAUGUCGAUCGUCCACGCUCACGUCGAGCAGCUCGACGAUUUCGGCUUUUUCCCCUUCGAUGCUAGCCUACUGACCACUUGUGCUCGCAAUGAUUCGGUGAAAUUGUGGAAAAUCGGCGACACCGGCGAUGGGCCAUCGUUGGAGGGGCGCACCCAACCGCAUCAUCUUUGGUGGCAUACACGAGUACCGACCAGGGUUAUGUCGUCGAUUGGGAGUCGAAGGCUAUUGCAUACCAAUUCGAUGGCAUCCAGCAACAAGGAUUGUCGUGUAGCUGGUCUGACGAUGGUCGGCGUUUUGGCGGUGGCUUGCGACAAGGGCCAUCAGGCGAUGAUUUGGGACGUUCGGGCUGGUCCUCAGGCUAUCAAUACUUUUGCUACGCACGAGGGAAUCGGGCGUGAAGGACGUAUUCUGUUUGCUGGGGAUAAGCUCGUCACUUCUGGAUUUACUAACAAACGCAUCCAAGAAAUCCUGGUCUUUGACCACGGCAAAUGGGAUGCCCCGAUCCAUCGCGAAGGCUACACCGCAACCACCGGAGUCCUGAUCCCGAUCUACGACCGGGACACCAAGCUGCUGUUCCUGGCCGGAAAGGGCACCAACCGACUGCAAAUCUCAGAAAUUCUCACCAACGCCAAGGCCAAAGGACCGAUCGUGUCUCCAGUAUUCGAGCUGACCUUACCCGAACAGCUCCUCGGAGCCUGUAUCGGCCAGAAAUCGAGCAUGAACGUGAUGGAGGGCGAAGUGGCUGUUUUCUAUGAGCUGCACAGAAAUGGAAUUCUGCCGAUUCCCUGCAUCGUGCCGCGACGGUCCUACCGUGAUUUCCAACCUGAUUUAUUCCCCGAAACUCGAGGGACGAAGGCUGGAUGCUCGGCUGAACAAUGGAAAUCCGGAAAUGAUCAUCAGCCCGCUCUGAUCUCCCUCGACCCAACCGGAGGAAAAGCUCCUGAAGCUCAAACCCAAGCCCCUGCCGCUCAAGUCCCAAACACAGCCGAACCAGAGGCCAAGCCGGAGCCCGCCACGAUCGCUCCAGCUCCCCGAUCCCAAGCCCCAGCUGUUGCCAAGUCAGAUAACAUCGAUCGACAAUCCUCUCCUACAAACGAGAAAGAAAAUGUCGUCACCCCUCCGUCAAAGGUAGCUGAUAGCGUCCCGGCUGUCCAGAUGCGAGCCCCAAUCAGCAAUAUUUCUGGAAUUACCCCUCGUAAGGCAGAAGAUACCUCGCGAUAUCGUAAAUCUGUCAUCGGGACUAUUACCUCAAAGUUUCGGAAUACUGAAGUGUUGACCGGAAACAAAGCCGAUAAUGCCGUUUUCUCGAACUUGAAAGAUGUGAACACUCGCUUGUCGCUAGAAACCAACGGAGCUUGUGUCUCUAAAUUAUUCGCCGCGAUCCCUCUCUCCGGUACUGGAGGACGAAUCCAGAUUCUAGACCUCGAAAAGUUUGGCAAGUUGCCAGAUGGUGUUGUGGAUUCUGUGUACUGCAAGCGCUUGGUGACCGAUCUCCACUGGAAUCCCUUUGACCCUACUGAACUUGGCUGUGCCACCGAUGAGGGAUCAAUCGUUUUCUGGAAAUUCAGCAAAGAGGAUGGGCCCAGGAAUGAGAUGGAGCCCUCUAAGAUCGUGAAACUUUCGGGUGACAAGAUCCUCAACUUCUCCUUCCAUCCCCUCGCCAAAGAUAUUCUAGCCGUAUCUUUCUUUUCCGGACGUUUACAAGUGUGGAACGUAGCUGAUAGUUCGCUAGUUUUCGAUCAACAAGCUCACAAUGGCGCGGUUAUGGGAGUGUCUUGGAGUUAUGAUGGGAAGAAGCUGGUGACGAUUGGAAAGGAUCUCUUCGCUCGGGUUUGGUCUCCCCUUACUGGCGACCUUGUGCUCGAAGAAAAAUGUUUGGAGAGCAACCGGGGAGGACGAGUUUUAUUUGUCUGCGAAGAUCAAGGGAUCCUGGUGAUCAGCUUCACUAAAGCUUCCGGUCGGCAGGUCGCUCUCUACGAUGCUAAUGAUUUCUCCUUGAAAGCCAUGGAACCAUUGACUUCCGGGGUCCAACCUAUCUUUGCCCAUUACGACUAUGAUUCGUCGAUUGUAUUCCUGUUUUCAAAGGGUGAACGCCAAAUCAACAUGUACGAGCUUUCCUGGGACAAGGUGCCAUAUUUCUUGCCGGUUUUGCCAUACAGUGCCACUACGGGUUUCACUACGAUUGCCUUCAAUGACAAGAAGAGCUGCGAUUUGAUGAAUAUCGAAUUCCAACGCGCUUGGAGGCUAACAGAGAAGACGUUUGAGUUAUUGAUCUUCCGAGUUCCUAGGAUUAAGAAAGACGUCUUCCAAGACGAUCUUUUCCCUGAUGCCUUGGUUUCCUGGGAGCCAGUGAUGGAAGCCAAAGACUGGAUCGACAAAUCCGAGCAGGGCCCCGUUUUCCGGAACCUCAGACCUGAUGGGGUUGCCUCGGCUAAUAAUAAUGCCACUGUAAAAGCUCCCAUUAAAGCACCAACCUCUACUCCCUUGCCAAAAGAGCCGAUUAUUGAAGAGAAAAUCUAUGAAGAGGAAAAGCCCUCCCAAAAACAGACACUAGCUUCAUGGGGUGAAGCCAUUUGCGCUCACCGGGACGAAGAAGAAGAAGAAGCUGCUGACCAAUCCCCUCAGGACGAUGAUGACUGGGUCAAAAUG